AUGCCACCCCGAAAAUCCACGGGCGAAACCGCCGAAGACCCAGCAUCCUCACCACAAGCCCAGACGCAAUCGCCGCCGACACAAACGCAACCGAUCCAAGCGACAGAGCAACAACUCAAGGCUAGGGCUGAGGGGGGUGUUAGUAUUGAGGACUACCUCCUCCCCCGCUCCCUCACUCUUCGGCUUGCGAAAUCGGUCCUCCCGCCUAACACCUCCAUCCAGAAGGAUGCUGUCCUCGCCAUUCAGAAAGCGGCGACGGUGUUUGUGUCGUACCUCUCUUCGCAUGCCAAUGAAGCGACUCUGAAGCGGACAGUUGCGCCGUCGGAUGUCUUUAGCGCGAUUUCGGAAUUGGAGUUUGAGGGGUUCCGGUCGAGGCUGGAGAAGGAGUUGGAUGCGUUUACGGAGUUGAAGGCUGGAAAGAGGAAGGCGAAGAAGGGGGAUGCUGAGGCAACUGCUGCGGAAGGCGUGAAGGGGAGUUCUGCUUCGGAGGGUGGUGGUUCUUCCAGGGGGGUGAAGAGGGUGAAGAGGAUUGAGGGGGAGGAGACUGCUUCUAGUCGGCCGGAGGAAGGGGAUGAUGGCGAUGAGACGCAGGAUGAGGCGGAGCAGGUGGAUGAGCAUGAGCACGAGUCAGAGGCCGAGGAGGAAGACGAGGGCGAAGAAGAGGAGGAAGAAGAGGAGGAGCCGGGUGAGGAAGAGGAUAUCGAUCGGGUGGAGGACUUGGAUCGUGACCCGAAAGCGAAACGGCUUAUGGACCCGGAUGCUGCUGGAGAUGAGUCGGAUAGUGAUGACGAUGCUGGGCCGUCGUCACAGUUGAGGGGGGAUUUGGGGUUGGGUUGA